AACCAGCACUUAUCGUGUUUAAAAAAAAAUGCCAUAUGUUUCCCCGAAUUUGCGCCUCCUCUUCUCCCCUCUAAAACCCACUCUCUCGUUCCCUCUGUUCACCUCUAAACCCAAUCCAAAACCCUUCUCCUUAUCCACCUUACUCGAUUCUACAUCUCCCUCAAAACGACCACGUUCCUUCCCCCGUCGUGAUUCCCCCAACAUUGCCAGAAGAAGUAGCAGCACUUUCAAAGAGCGUAAAGGCGGAGGCAGAGAAAUGGCAAUGGAGGAAACCGCCGAGCAGUCAAGGGACUCUUCUUCUACAUCUUCUUUUGGGUUUAAUAAAAGAAGGGCUGAAGGGAAAGAUAAGAGCGAUAGGCCUAAAAAUAAUCCCCAGUUGAAAGAACGCAAGCUUAAUCCUACUAAUACUAUUGCAUAUGUUCAGAUUUUGGGGACUGGAAUGGAUACACAAGACACAUCACCUUCAGUCUUGCUCUUCUUUGACAAACAGAGAUUUAUUUUUAAUGCUGGAGAGGGAUUACAACGGUUUUGCACAGAGCAUAAAAUUAAGUUAUCAAAGAUAGAUCACAUAUUUCUCUCACGUGUCUGCUCAGAAACAGCGGGUGGACUUCCAGGUUUGCUGUUGACUUUGGCUGGCAUGGGAGAAGAAGGGUAUAGCGUCAAAAUCUGGGGACCCUCGGAUCUCAAUUUUUUAGUAGGGGCAAUGAAAUCUUUCAUUCCACAUGCAACUAUGGUUCACACUCAGAGCUUUGAAAGGGCACCUGUUUUGGACGCUGCUGAAAAUGUAACUGCUCCAAAUAAAGCUGCAGAUCCCAUUGUUCUUGUCAAUGAUGAGGUUGUCAAAAUAUCAGCAAUUCUCCUACAACCUCAUUGCUCACAACAGUCCCAAAUAAAGCCUGGUGAAAUGUCUGUGUUAUAUAUUUGUGAAUUGCCUGAGCUUAUGGGAAAAUUUGACCCAAAAAAGGCUGCAGCUCUUGGCCUGAAACCUGGGCCAAAGUAUAGCGAGCUACAACAUGGUAAAUCAGUGAAGUCAGACCGCCUAGAUAUAAUGGUUCAUCCAUCUCAUGUAAUGGAUCCUCCUGUCCCUGGUCCUAUUGUCUUCCUGAUUGACUGUCCCACAGAAUCUCAUAUACAGGAAUUGUUAUCCAUAGAAUGCCUCAAUGGAUAUUAUACCAAGGUAUCUAGUAAUCUAUCAGAGAGUACUAAGAUGGUAAACUGUGUCAUUCAUUUAAGUCCCGCUUCUGUUGUAAGCAGUCCUGACUACCAGAAAUGGAUGAAGAAAUUUGGUUCAGCGCAACAUAUCAUGGCUGGACAUGAAAAAAGGAAUCUUGAGGUUCCAAUUCUAAAAUCAAGUGCAAGAGUUGCAUCACGACUUAAUUACUUAUGCCCACAGUUCUUUCCGGCUCCAGGAUUCUUGUCCUUUCAGCACCUUAAUUACUCAGAACCAGAUAUUAAUUCAAGCGAGGGUUCCACUUUGAAGAUCUGUGAAAGCAUUCCUGCUGAAAAUCUCUUAAAGUUCACGUUGCGCCCUUAUGCUCAACUGGGACUGGACAGAUCACAAAUUCCAAUUCCGAUAGGCCACUCUCAAGUAAUUGAUGAACUGCAUUCAGAAAUUCCAGAGAUUGCAGAUGCUGCACAAAAUGUCAGAGAGUUUUGGCAGGGGCUGGAAGGAAGUAAAGAAGUAUUAACUACUUCAAAUGAUAAUAGAGUUAUGAUUGAAGAACCAUGGUUGACUGAAAAUACUCUGCCUAGUUUGGAAAAUGUAAGGAGAGAUGACCUGGAAAUUGUGCUUCUUGGUACGGGUUCAUCGCAGCCUUCUAAGUACCGUAAUGUUAGCUCUGUCCAUAUCAAUCUUUUCUCCAAGGGAAGUUUGCUCUUGGACUGUGGAGAAGGAACACUGGGACAACUGAAAAGAAGAUAUGGCGUAGAUGGUGCAGACAAUGUUAUUAGAGAUCUAAAAUGUGUUUGGAUAUCUCAUAUUCAUGCUGAUCACCACACGGGUCUGGCGAGAGUGCUUGCUUUGAGGCGUGAUUUAUUGAAGGGAGUGCCUCAUGAACCGUUACUGGUUAUAGGACCACGGCAACUUAAACGAUAUUUAGAUGCAUAUCAAAGACUUGAAGAUCUUGAUAUGCAGUUCCUUGAUUGUAGGAGUACCACAGAAGCUUCAUGGGAUACUUUUGCUAGUGAUGACGAAUUAAAUAAUAAUGGAUCAUCUCCAGAAUGUCCAAUGCAUUCAAAUGCCAAAAAUGGAACUUUGUUUACUAGAGGUAGCCGUAUGCAGAGCUAUUUGAGGCAACCAGGCAGUCCGGUGGACCAUUCUGCAGCUUAUCCAUUCCUAAGGAGAUUGAAUAAUAUACUAGGUGAAGCAGGAUUAGAAGCUUUGAUUAGUUUUCCUGUCGUGCACUGUCCCCAGGCAUUUGGCAUUGUUUUGAAAGCUGCAGAGCGAGUCAACAGUGUUGGAAAAGUCAUCCCGGGAUGGAAGAUUGUGUACUCGGGUGACACUAGGCCAUGUCAAGAACUGGUUGAUGCAUGUUGUGGAGCAACAGUUCUCAUACACGAGGCGACUUUUGAGGAUGGUUUGGUUGACGAGGCCAUUGCAAGAAACCACAGUACAACCAAGGAAGCCAUUGAAGUGGGAAACUCUGCGGGUGCAUAUCGCAUUAUCCUAACCCAUUUCAGCCAAAGAUACCCGAAAAUUCCUGUAUUCGAUCAGACUCACAUGCAUAAGACAUGCAUUGCUUUUGACAUGAUGAGUAUUAACAUAGCAGAUUUGCCGGUGCUUCCCAGAGUCCUCCCAUACCUUAAAUUGCUUUUCAGAAAUGAGAUGGCAGUAGACGAGUCAGAUGGUAUUAUAGAAGCUUUGAUCUUGUAACCCUGGUGUGUGAGGAGCUGCCUUUGCUACUCAAAUCAGAUCGGAGAAGAUAUUACAGAAACUGGGGUUUGGAUCUUUGAUAGGUCACACGAACUAACUAAAUCAAGCAUUUGGUUCUUCUCAUCUUACAUCUUUGAUUAUUCAUGUGAAAUGGGAAGCAAAUUGUUGCAAGUGUAAAAUAGUGUGGCAUGAACAUAGUACUGAAAGAAACUGUAGA